CUGAUCUUCAUCUAAGCUUAGCUAUGAAGAUGGUGAACUGCAAAAGCUUGUUGCUCAUUUUGCUAGUGCACUUUGCCGGCUUGGUUGAAAUUCAUGCACAAAAACCAGAAAAAGUUGCCUGCCUCAGAAGAGGACUCCGGUGCUUUCUUAAAAGCAUGACUUGUCCCCAAGAAUGCCCAUCCAGAAACCCAAAAGUUCCUAAGGCUAAAGCUUGCUUUAUCAACUGUGAUUCCCCAUUGUGCCAGCCUGAAUGCAAAAACCGAGUACCCAACUGCAACGGCGUGGGAGCUGCAUGCUAUGAUCCCCGCUUCAUCGGAGGGGACGGGAGAGUCUUUUACUUCCAUGGAAAGAGCAAUGAGCAUUUCAGCUUAGUCUCCGAUCCUAAUCUCCAAAUCAACGCCCGUUUCAUCGGCCGUCGCCCCGCGGGCCGAGCCAGGGACUAUACUUGGAUUCAAGCACUGGGGAUCCUCUUUGGCACCCACACUCUCUCUCUCUCGGCAACAAAAGCAGCAGAAUGGGAUGACACAAUAGACCAUCUCAAGUUUUCUUAUAAUGGGGAACACAUUUUUUUGCCUGAAACCCCUUUCUCGGUAUGGAAGUCCCCUGAAAAUGAUGUUAAAGUCGAGAGAAUUUCCAGCAAGAACAGCGUUACAAUAUCUGUAUCAGAGAUUGCAGAAAUCGCAGUGAAUGUAGUUCCUGUAACUAAAGAGGACGACAGGGUUCAUAAUUAUCAGAUUCCUCGUGAUGACUGUUUUGUUCACUUGGAGUUGCAGUUUAGGUUCUUCGGCCUCUCGCCGGAGGUUGAAGGAUUGCUUGGCCGCACUUACCGGCCUGAUUUCCAGAAUCCGGCGAAGCCCGGAGUAGCCAUGCCGGUGGUGGGAGGCAAUGAUAAGUACAGAGUUACAUCACUUCUCUCAACAGAUUGCUUGUAUUGCUUGUUCAAUCCAGUUGGAAUCACUGCUCACAAAGAAUAUGCAAUUCUUUGAUAGCAGUUUAUGAAACUUUGGCUCCUACCAUAGUGAAUAAAAUAUCAAUCUUUGCCUUACAAUUGAUA